UAACGGCCAGGAUUCGUCAAUGGUGAGAUGGAAGGCCUCCGUGAUCGUCCGUUUUGGUCCACGUCAACAAGUGGAAUAUCCACGCAUCCUAACAAAAAACGUCCCUCGCCCCCUAAACGCGCCACGUGUCUAACGAGCGACGAGUCAGUUGCAACUGCAAACUGAAGUACGAACGAAAGCUUAUGAAGGAAGAAGAAAACUUUAAAGAACCAGAAAAAGAAACUGAAGAAGAAGAAGAAGAAGAAUGAUGAAUAAUGUGGUGAACGCGUUGAUGGUGACUCGGUUUCUGACUCGGAACCAACUCAGCGGCCACGAGGGAGGCAUUCCGUUCGGAUCGGUGUGGUGGUACAUUUACGCCGGACUCUCGUGCUUCUUCGUUAUCUUCGCCGGAAUAAUGUCCGGAUUAACCCUAGGUCUCAUGUCUCUCGGCCUCGUCGACCUCGAGAUCCUUCAACGCAGUGGUUCUCCUACCGAGAAAAAGCAAGCAGCGACUAUAAUUCCUGUGGUUCAGAAACAACACCAGCUUCUGGUGACUCUGCUUCUGUGUAAUGCAGCUGCGAUGGAGGCGCUUCCGUUAUACUUGGAUAAGUUGUUCAAUCAGUUUGUUGCCAUCAUUCUCUCUGUGACUUUUGUUCUGUUUUUUGGGGAGGUCAUUCCACAGGCAAUUUGCAGUAGAUAUGGGCUUGCUGUAGGGUCCAACUUCGUAUCUCUUGUGCGAAUUUUAAUGAUAAUAUGUUACCCAAUUGCUUAUCCCAUUGGAAAGGUUCUAGAUUUCCUGUUGGGACAUAAUGAGGCUUUAUUUAGGCGGGCACAGUUAAAAGCUCUCGUCUCCAUCCACAGCAAGGAGGCUGGGAAAGGUGGUGAUCUUUCGCAUGACGAGACAACAAUUAUCAGUGGAGCUCUAGAUUUAACUGAAAAGACUGCUGAAGAGGCUAUGACCCCUAUCGAAUCGACUUUUUCUUUAGAUGUCAAUUCAAUAUUGGAUUGGGAGGCAAUGGGGAAAAUUCUUGCUCGUGGGCACAGCCGGGUUCCUGUCUAUUCUGGAAAUCCAAAAAAUAUUAUUGGACUACUGCUGGUUAAAAGUCUUCUAACUGUACGACCAGAAACAGAGACUCCUGUCAGUGCUGUUUCCAUCCGGAGAAUUCCACGAGUUCCAUCGGACAUGCCUCUCUAUGAUAUACUGAAUGAGUUUCAAAAGGGCAGUAGUCACAUGGCUGCUGUUGUUAGAGCUAAAGGAAAAGGAAAUGCAAAUGCACAAACAAAUGAUGGAGACAAAAAUGAAGAAAGCCAAGACAAUGGGGAUUCGCCGUUGACUACGCCAUUGCUACAGAGUGAAAAAUCGAAGAGUGUUGUUGUUGACAUUGACCAGCCCUCAGAUGCUCUCAGUCCCAGAAGUAAGGAGCGAAAUGCUUCGCAAUCUAAUGAUAUAAUAAGAAAUGGUUCUUUUUCAGAAAGUAUUGAAGACGGUGAAGUGAUUGGUAUUAUCACUCUAGAGGAUGUGUUCGAAGAACUUCUGCAAGUAAAUUAUAGUCUUCGACAUAUUCUCCCAUCUGCAGCAGUUGGAUCAUUUUCCUUCAAGACUGAUUAUAAGUUUUUCCAAUGGUGCAGGAGGAGAUUGUGGAUGAGACAGAUGAAUAUGUUGAUGUUCAUAAGAGAAUACGUGUUGCUGCUGCUGCAGCUGCUUCCUCGAUUGCACGAGCGCCAUCAAUCCGAAGGUUGGCUAAGGGAGUGGGAGGAACUAAACCGCAGUCUCCGAGGCGACAUGAGGCGCUAACUGCAAGGAGAUCUACAUGGGACGAUUCGUUAUAUUCUUCAGGUUCCCAGUGAACUUCUUCUUAGCUAGCCUACCGAGAAAUAGUGACAAUUUGAUGAGCUUAGUUAGUAUCACUUUUUUUGUUAACAAUAUUAUGUUCAUAUUCUUUCUGGAAAGGCAAUAAACACGUCUAGUGUUGUUAUAGUGCAAGCUUAUUGGGCUAAUGCAGAUGUAUAUCUGGCACCUCCGAUUACAUAUAGCAGUUCAAUUUUAACU